AUGACACCCAGAAAACAUAGCUUGGAAGGCGACGCCUCCCCGCCGUUGAAGCAGGGAAAGCUCAGCUUCCGGUCCUCGAAGCGCGCUGCAUCGACAGGCAGCGCAAACUCGGCGAAAGGCAAAGGCUCUCGACCUGGCCUCAAACGUAGGCUCUCGUCCAUUUCGACUGUCAUUCCAGAGGUCAUUGAGGCCUAUGAUACUGAGCCCAGCGAGGCGAAGUCUGUGGAUGAACAUGAGAGCGCCAUCGAGGUCAGCUCCAGCGAGGAAGACGGCGGGAAGCGCCUGCGGGGACGGGCCGCUCGUAAGGAGGAUCAUAUCGAGGAGGCGGAAGAGCCGAUGACGAAGCGGAGGCGUCUGAGGAAGGACGUGUUUGGCUCGCGAGAGGGCUUGGAGAAUGCACAUGGUCAUAAGCAGCCGCAGGCGAGUCCGGCGAAGAGGGGGAGGAAGAAGGGCAAAGGCAAAGUCGUGAAGGGGAAGAAGUUGGAGGAAGAGGAGGAAGAGAAGGAGGAAGUGGGUAACGAGGAGGAAGUGGAGGGCGGGCAUUUGAAUGUGAAGCACAAGAAGUGGAACAAACUCUAUGGCGAGGUGAGGGAGAAGAAUAGUCAUUUGGAGUUCGUGCAUGGCGAGGGAUUGAAUAAGGUCGAUCAUAUCCUGCGUAUGUUUGACCUUACGUACGACUUCGGUCCAUGCAUCGGCGUGACUCGCCUGCAGCGUUGGCAGCGUGCAGAGAUGCUCGGCCUGAAACCUCCACCGGAGAUCAAGGAAAUAUUGCUGACGAAAGAAGGCAGCGAGGAGCCGCGCUAUAGGGAAUGUGUCUUCUUCGGCGAGGUCUAG